GGAGCGGUGGCGGCGGCAGCAACAGCAACAGCAGCGGCGCCGGGGCCGGGGCCGGUGGCCUGCGCGGCGUCAAGGUGGAGCAGCCAGAAGACGAAGAUGACAUCGUUACAAUAGUCAAGAAGCGUGUGGAGGAGAUGCCGUUUGCACGGCACUUCCUUACUGCGGUGUUGUAUCACCUGACGAACCAGAACUGGGACCGUGGCGGCCGUCUGCCCGACUUGCCGACUGACCCACCGCCGACGCGGGGUGGUGGCCUUGAAGGCUACGGUGAGGAAGGCUUCGUGGUGCGGUGUGGGGCGUUUCUGGGGCUCGCGAAUACUGUGACGCCGAGCGGCAUUGCGAGCAUGCAGGCACUCCGCAAGCGGCUGCGGGCGGAGGCGGAG